AUGCUGGAGGUCACACCUGAGGCGCUGGGCAGCAACCACUUUGAAGAUAUUCCGUGCGAAGACACUGAUUUUCGACUUCGGCGUGCGUUGCUUCGUCGCGUUCAUUCGAAACGUCCAAUCCAUGCCGUUUUUUUAAAUUUCCGCCAACUGUCUGUUUUGACCCAGCAGACAGCAGGUGCAGCUGGAGUUGAUCUAGGGCUUGUUGAUGCGAAUCCGAAGGUUCGAAACAGCUUCCUGAACACAGAUCCGGAUUGA